AUGAUUCCGGCCAUAUAUUUUGAGACAAGCCCCAUUAAACUUCGUGUUCAAGCAAAUGUUGAAUUAACAGUGAAAUUGAAAGAUUAUCAGGAAACUACAAGAAAUAAAUUAGCAUCACACGUACAAGCAAGAAAAUCAAAAGUAGAAGUGUGUGAUGCUCCCUUAAAAACAACAGAAUCAUUUGCUUAUACAGUUUUGGUAAAUGAGGACGAAGCUUAUGAAACACUCAGCUUUUCUUCACAUGCUACAUCAUCCUCAACAACAACAAGAAAAGCAUCAUCUCCGAUCCAAUUACCAGAAGUACAGUUUCAUGACAAAAAUGAGAAAAAAAAAAUAAAUAGAAGUGAAUCCUCAUAUACAGCGACAUUACCGCGAACGACAUUACCGCGAACGACGUUACCGCGAACGACAUUACCGCGAACGACGUUACCGCGAACGACAUUACCGCGAAUACAAAAAACGACAUUACCGCUAACGCCAUUACCGCGAACGACAUUACCGCGAAUACAAAAAACGACAUUACCGCGAAUAUAG